AUGAAAACCUUACUGAUCGGCGCUUUUACCGCGACAGUUGCGUCGCUGUCGGCUGCAUCUUAUGGCUAUUCGUUUUCAGACACGUCGAUGGUUGAGACCAAGGAAAGGAGUACAGAUAUCACAAAGAAUGCGGAAAAUCACAUUUACGGUGGUACAGCGGCAGAUGUCAGAGACUAUCCGUCCCUCGCUAGUCUACGCGAUUCCAUAUUUCAGCAAACGUUUUGUGCCGGCGCGCUCAUUCACCCUCAAUUCAUUCUGACGGCUGGACACUGUAUUCGACACACGGAGUUUGAUAUUGUCGCCACCUUUGGAACGAAUGAUAGCGCGGGUGACAGCUCGGGUCACGCCAUUACAGUUCCAGUCGCGACCGGUUUUCGUCACCCAAUGUACCGAAAAAAGCAACACUUGUAUGACGUUGGACUGCUCAAGUUAGAGAAACCUAUCCGCCGCCCGCUGGCAAAGUUGUGCGCCAGGGAUGGUUCCGACAACGAAAUUGGUACAGAGGGUACUGUUGUCGGGUGGGGUAAGACCGAAGACAGUAAGGACAUGGGUAGCCCUAUCCUGGAAAAGCUUGUACUUCCGAUCAUUUCAAAUGCUGAGUGUGGAAAAUUCGAGAAGUAUAUUGGUCGUAUCACGGAAGGCAUGUUGUGCGCUGGUGUCGGCAAUGGGCUGGAUACGUGUAAUGGUGACUCAGGUGGUCCGUUCUUUGUUAAAAAGAACAUCCUUGUUGGCUGCGUAAGCUGGGGAAGCACAUGCGGUCAGCAACCUGGCGUCUUCACUCGUCUUACUUAUGUUAUGGACUAUAUUGAAGAUAUUUUAAACGGUGGCGACGGAAGUAAGUUUUACGUCGAGUCUUCAUUCUCCGAUUCUGCGUCAGGAUCGAUGAGUGAAGCUGCUAGAUCGAGCGAUUUAACUCCGGAAGACGAAGACGAUCCACAGUCGAGCAAUACAAGUGACGAUGCAAAGAAGAACAUACUUGGGUCAAAAGACGCGCUUAAGAGUGUUCAAGACACAGAUAGUAAUGACCAACACUCUGGCAGCGAUGCAACGUUUGACGCCACCAGCGGAAGCGACAAAACGGUCCAUAAAAAAAACGAUUUGGAACAUUUCAUGGAAAUUUUGAAUCAAUCGCCGGAGGACUCGGAGGACAUCGACAGCAAAGUUGCGGCUAUUAUGGAAGAUGUUCCCCCCAUGAGUUCAUCGGACAGCUCGGGCCUUUUCAUUCCUCCUGAGGUGCUAAAGGCUUUUGGUGUGAUAGGACAGACACGCUAUUCCGAUGACUUGGUAUCGAACACUGACGAUGCAGAGCAGAUGGAACUUUUCGAUGUCAAGAGUGGCAAUAAUAUCGAAAAUGAUGAGCCUGUUAAGGCGAAGAAAACAUCCCAGGAGAUGACACAUGAAGCUGUCGUGCCUCGUGACUCGACGACAAAUACGGACUAUUCGGUUCAGCAAAUGGACACAGCCGAACAGGUCUCAGACCUUUAA